AUGUCACGAAAAAGAUAUCUGCAGGAAUAUGAAAAAACGAUGGAAAUGUUGACCAAGACCGGUGGUCAGGGCCACAGUGAACUCGAGGCCAAUUUCACCGUUUCUCAGUCUCAGACUCAGCAACGAAAUAAUCAGCAGUUAGAGAAUGCUAUCGACAUCAAGGUGGAAAAUUUCAGCAUCGCUGCUAAAGGGAAGGAACUGUUUACCAAUGCCAGUCUGAUGAUUGCUCAAGGCAGACGUUACGGUUUGGUAGGGCCAAAUGGUCAUGGUAAAACUACUUUGUUACGUCACAUUGCAAAGAGAGCAUUUGCCAUUCCUCCAACCAUUGAUGUUUUGUAUUGCGAGCAAGAAGUUAUUGCAGAUGAUACCCCUGCUGUUGAAGUGGUGCUAAAUGCAGAUGUAAAAUGUAAAGAAUUAUUAGCAGAAUGUAAAAAAUUGGAAGAACAAGUAGAACAAGGAGACACUUCUGUUCAAAGUAGAUUGCAAGAGGUUUAUGAGGAACUAAAAAUUAUUGGUGCAGAUUCUGCAGAACCACGUGCUAGAAGAAUUCUUGCUGGUUUAGGGUUUAAUCGUGCUAUGCAAGAUCGUGCAACCAAGAAUUUUUCUGGUGGUUGGCGUAUGCGUGUUUCUCUAGCAAGGGCACUGUUCAUAGAACCUACUCUGUUAUUGCUUGAUGAACCAACAAAUCAUUUAGAUUUAAAUGCUGUUAUUUGGUUAGACAAUUACCUACAAGCUUGGAAGAAAACAUUACUCAUUGUUUCUCAUGACCAGAGCUUCUUGGAUAAUGUAUGCACAGAUGUAAUUCACCUGGACCAACAGAAAUUGUUUUAUUACAAAGGAAAUUAUAGUAUGUUUAAGAAAAUGUAUGAACAAAAAAGGAAGGAAAUGAUAAAAGCAUAUGAGAAACAAGAGAAGAGGCUUAAGGACCUUAAAGCUUCAGGUCAGAGUAAAAAGCAGGCUGAAAAGAAACAGAAAGAAGCUUUAACUAGGAAGCAAGAAAAGAAUAGAACUAAAAUGCAAAAGCAAGAAAAAGACGAUUCACCUGCAGAAUUAUUACAGAAGCCCAGAGAGUAUAUAGUCAAAUUCAGUUUUCCAGAUCCACCACCGUUGCAGCCACCCAUUUUAGGAAUUCACAAUGUGACCUUUUCAUAUGAAGGGCAAAAACCAUUAUUUAUUGAUGCUGAUUUUGGAAUAGACUUAAACUCCCGAAUAGCUAUAGUAGGACCUAAUGGUGUUGGUAAAUCUACAUUCUUGAAGUUAUUGACUAGGGACAUACAACAACAUUUUCAGAGGAUAGGAAAAUUUGACCAACACUCUGGCGAACAUCUGACCGCCGAAGAAACACCGUCAGAAUAUUUGAUGCGCUUGUUUGAUCUUCCAUACGAGAAAGCUAGGAAACAAUUAGGAACAUUCGGGCUUAGCUCACACGCACACACGAUUAAAAUGAAAGAUUUAUCGGGAGGCCAAAAGGCGCGAGUCGCUUUGGCGGAAUUGUGUUUGAAUGCACCCGACGUUGUAAUUCUAGACGAACCGACGAAUAAUUUAGACAUAGAAUCUAUUGAUGCUCUGGCUGAUGCUAUCAAUGGAUAUAAAGGCGGAGUUAUUAUCGUUUCCCACGACGAACGUCUAAUCAGAGACACAGAAUGUUGUUUGUACGUAAUUGAAAAUCAACAAAUUAAUGCAAUCGAUGGAGAUUUCGACGACUAUAGGAAGGAAUUGUUGGAGAGUCUUGGUGAAAUUAUUAAUAAUCCAAGUAUAGCUGCAAAUGCAGCUGUUUUGCAAUAAUAGUUUUGCUUUUAUAGGACAGUUA